UUUCUUUUUCGCAGUCCCCGCAAAACCCUAGACCCCCGUCUCUCUCCCGGCUUUUUACUUCAAUCGGACCAUCGGAUUAGGGUUUUGAGCGUAAUUUUCCGCCCGAUUAUAGAAUCUGAACUCACCGGACUAGUUGGACGGCGGUGUAACUGGUUACGCCAUUUCUGAAUCGUCGACGCUGCUUGAGCUCAAGAGACGGGAGGUUGGGGGGUUUAAAUGGCCGGAGGAUCAGAUGCAUCGGAGACUUCGACUCUGUCGUGUGCUCAGUGUCGCAAACCCGCUCAUCUUCAGUGUCCGAAAUGCGUGGAACUGAAUCUUCCUCGUGAAGGAGCCGCUUUCUGCACUCAAGACUGUUUCAAGUCUGCUUGGAGCUCGCACAAAUCCGUGCAUGUGAAGGCACAGCUCUCUUCAAUCGCUAAAGUCCUUCCUGGCGAUCAGAACUCUGAUCUGAUUGCUGAAGGUUGGCUCUAUUGCUUGAAGAAAGGGCAGUCGAGGACCCCUAAGCUUCCACAUUUUGAUUGGACAGGGCCUCUGAGACCAUAUCCCAUAUCUUCCAAGCGUGCUGUGCCUGGCCACAUAGUUAAACCUGAUUGGGCCAUUGAUGGGAUUCCCAAAGUUGAGCCAAACAGUGAGCUACAGCAUGUUGUUGAGAUUAAAACACCAGAGCAAAUUGAGAGAAUGCGUGAGACCUGUAAAAUUGCUAGGGAGGUAUUGGAUGCAGCAGCUAGGAUAAUUCGACCAGGGGUGACAACUGAUGAAAUUGAUCGGGUGGUUCAUGAGGCAACUAUUGCAGCUGGAGCAUAUCCAUCACCUCUGAACUACCAUUUCUUUCCCAAGUCUUGCUGCACGUCUGUCAAUGAAGUAAUCUGUCAUGGUAUUCCAGAUGCCAGAAAAUUGGAGGAUGGUGAUAUCGUAAAUGUUGAUGUGACAGUCUGUUACAAAGGUUGCCACGGUGAUCUUAACGAGACAUAUUUUGUUGGAAUUGUCGAUGAAACAUCUCGUCAGUUGGUUCAAUGCACAUAUGAGUGUCUUGAAAAAGCCAUAUCGAUUGUUAAACCUGGAGUUAGAUUUCGUGAAAUCGGGGAGGUUAUCAACCGCCAUGCUUCAAUGUCGGGGUUCUCAGUGGUGAGGUCCUAUUGUGGUCAUGGUAUUGGAGAACUCUUCCACUGCGCUCCAAAUAUUCCUCACUAUGGAAGAAACAAAGCAGUUGGAGUCAUGAAAGCAGGGCAGACUUUCACAAUCGAACCGAUGAUCAACGCAGGGGUAUGGAGAGAUCGAAUGUGGCCUGAUGGAUGGACCGCUGUUACUGCUGACGGGAAACGCAGUGCUCAGUUUGAGCACACUCUCUUGGUUACAGAAACCGGGGUGGAGGUUCUGUCGGGGAGGCUUCCGUCAUCGCCCGAUGUAUUCCCGUGGCUGAAAGAAAAAUAAGUUAUUCUCCGUAUCUUUUCCAUGUACCUUCCCUGUAGGGUGUUUUGGCUCAUACUUUUGUUUUGUACUCUCUUCGUUGGUUCCCGCCUGUGCCGCGUGUUAUAAGAAGAAUUACCAUUGAGCGGAUGCAUUUACUUGCACCUCAGUGUGACCAAAAGAACAAAAUCAUAUAUUAUUCCAUUUUUUUUUUGUUGUUUUAA